UUUAUCCUGUUUUUACAGUCAAAAUCGAAACUCCCAAACUUCAUGGCGCUUAUUUCGAGAUUGAGACCUCACUCUUCUCAUCUUCUUCCCCUUCGCGUGCUCCUCAUGUCCUCUCAUUCUCCUUCUCCUGCUCGAUUCCUUCAUUCGCACUCUUCUCUCACUUUUCUAUGUCGCCCUUCCGUCGUUUCCACUCGAAGGACGAAUUAUCCACUGAAGAGGGUUUACACUCAAUUAUUAGUUCGAAAUGUGUCUCCGGCUAGGGCAUUCAUGUCAUCUAGCAUCGCAACUGAAGCUUUUAAAGAGAGUUCGAGCUCAAAGUCAUAUGGGUCUGAGCAAAUCCAGGUGCUGGAGGGACUGGAUCCUGUUAGGAAAAGGCCAGGAAUGUAUAUUGGUAGCACGGGACCCCGUGGUUUGCAUCAUUUGGUUUAUGAAAUAUUGGAUAAUGCCGUUGAUGAGGCUCAAGCUGGAUAUGCUUCAAGAAUAAAUGUUGUCUUACAUUCAGAUGGCUCUGUGAGCAUUGUUGACAAUGGACGUGGGAUUCCUACCGACUUGCAUCCAGUGACAAAGAAAUCUUCCUUGGAGACAGUUUUAACGGUCUUACAUGCUGGUGGCAAAUUUGGAGGUUCUAGUAGUGGCUAUAGCGUCUCUGGUGGAUUGCAUGGUGUGGGUUUAUCAGUUGUUAAUGCCUUAUCUGAGGCAUUAGAAAUUAUUGUCUGGCGUGAUGGGAUGGAGUAUUCACAGAAAUAUUCUCGUGGGAAGCCCGUAACAACUUUAAUGUAUAACGUGCUUCCAGCUGAAUCAAAGGAUCAGAAGGGAACAAGCAUCAAAUUUUGGCCUGACAAAGAAGUAUUCACUACCGAAAUUCAGUUUGAUUACAACACAAUUUCUGGAAGAAUUAGGGAGCUUGCUUUCUUAAAUCCAAAGCUUAUAAUCACUCUUCAAAAGGAGGACAUUGACCCAGAGAAAAAUCAGUAUAAUGAAUAUUUUUAUGCCGGGGGAUUGGUUGAAUAUGUGAAGUGGCUAAAUACUGACAAGAGACCGCUUCAUGACAUUGUAGGCUUCAGUAAAGAAGCAUCUGGAAUUACAAUUGAUGUAGCUCUCCAAUGGUGUGCAGAUGCAUAUUCUGAUACUAUGCUGGGAUAUGCUAAUAGCAUACGUACUGUUGAUGGUGGCACUCAUAUAGAUGGUGUUAAGGCUUCGUUAACCCGAACUCUCAAUAACCUAGCAAAGAAGUCAAAAAUUAUCAAGGAUAAGGAAAUUAAUUUAAGUGGUGAACAUGUAAGAGAGGGGUUAACAUGCAUUAUCUCAGUUAAAGUUCCAAAUCCAGAGUUCGAAGGGCAGACAAAGACAAGGUUGGGAAAUCCAGAGGUACGGAAAGUGAUUGAUCAAUCUGUUCAAGAGUAUCUCAUGGAGUACCUGGAGUUGCAUCCAGAUGUUCUUGACUCGAUCCUUUCCAAGUCUCUAAAUGCGCUAAAGGCAGCUUUGGCAGCAAAGAGAGCAAGGGAAUUGGUGAGACAAAAGAGUGUUUUGAGAUCAUCGUCUCUUCCAGGAAAACUGUCAGAUUGCUCGUCGACAAAUCCUGAAGAAUCUGAAAUUUUUAUCGUUGAAGGAGAUUCAGCUGGUGGAAGUGCCAAACAAGGCCGGGAUAGACGUUUUCAGGCUAUUCUUCCCCUGAGGGGCAAAAUUUUGAACAUUGAAAGAAGGGACGAGGCAGCAAUGUACAAAAAUGAAGAGAUUCAAAAUCUCAUCCUUGGCCUUGGCCUUGGAGUAAAAGGUGAGGAUUUUAAGGAGGAGGCUUUGCGUUACCAUAAGAUCAUCAUCUUAACUGAUGCAGAUGUGGAUGGUGCUCAUAUUCGAACUCUGCUACUGACAUUUUUCUUUAGAUAUCAGAGAGCCCUAUUUGAUCAAGGUUACAUUUAUGUUGGUGUUCCACCCCUUUACAAGGUUGAGAGGGGAAAGCAGGCCUAUUAUUGUUAUGAUGAAGCAGAACUGAAAAACCUUCAGAGAUCAUUCCCUCACAAUGCAUCGUAUAAUAUUCAGAGAUUUAAAGGAUUAGGAGAGAUGAUGCCUCUACAAUUAUGGGAAACAACAAUGGAUCCAGAGAGAAGGCUGCUGAAACAGUUGAGAGUUGAGGAUGCAGCAGAAGCAAAUGUUGUCUUUUCGUCCCUCAUGGGUUCCCGGGUGGACACCCGGAAAGAACUUAUCAAGAAUGCUGCCAGCAUGAUCAACCUCAAUCAGCUAGAUAUUUGAGGGUACCGUUGCUUAGGGACGAUCAAGUUUUAUAUUGCGUGAUGUUAGGGUUACCCCUUAUUGUGAUCUCUGGUUCGUUCUUCAUGGGCGUCAUUUUGUCAAAAGUACCUAGCGCCCCUGCUCACGCAAUUAAUUUUUCUGUAAUAGCAGGCGUGAAAUGUUUGGAUGUUGUUUUGAAGGGUUAUGUAUUUACUUGUACGAGAAGCUGUAAUUUCCCAUUCAUGGUUCACGUUGGUGUCUGUUUAGGUUAUCCCCCAUACUCUGUCUUCAGAGUUGUGAAUUCUCAUUUCUUUGCCUAAGGAUCAGUCAUUCAUAUUA